AUGUUCACGGUAGAACGAGCAGCUGGCGAAUAUAUUGAGGAAGUCGAAAAAUCACGAACUUAUGGAUAUGUAAAAGUCAAUGCAAAUGAUGAGUCCGGAAAGUUUUGUGUGAUUCCAAAGAAAAUGGCUGAUCAAUACCUUAAAAAGAUUAAAGAAAUGGAAAUUUAUGAAGAUGAUUUGUGGAUAGUGACUUUUCCAAAGUGUGGAACAACCUGGACACAAGAGAUGCUGUGGAUGUUGAACAAUAAUUUGAAUUAUGAAGGAUCGAAAAAUAAAAACCUUGAUGACAGAUUUCCAUUUAUUGAGGAUGGCGGUGUUAUGAUUGAAAGCAGCGAAGACUCAUUUGAAGAUGCAGCUAUCUCAUUUUAUCAUCAUUAUCGACAUCUUCAUCUUUAUACUGGAACAAAGGAAACUUUUUUGAAAGCUUUUCUGAACAAUCAAAUUCUUUUUGCUCCAUUCAAUCCUCAUGUCUUGGAAUUUUGGAAGAUUCGUGACCAACAAAACAUUUUGUUCCUAUUUUAUGAGGAUAUGAAGAGAAAUUUAGAUCAAGAAGUCAAAAAAGCUAUGAAAUUUUUAAGCAAAAACUAUUCACAGGAUAAAAUCGAUAAGCUUUGCGAUCAUUUAUCAUUCGACUCAAUGAAGAAAAAUCCGUCAUGUAAUAUUGAAAAACAUGUGAAGCAUUUAAAAGAAACAAGAAUGACUGACGAGCAAGCAAAACAAGAAGACUUUUGUUUUAUCAGAAAAGGCCAAGUUGGUUCCUAUAAAGCAAGAUUGACAAAAAAUACAUCAAAAAUGUUUAGAAUCGAGAAACCUGAAGACGAGCUUUUAAGAAAGGUCGAAACAAAAGUUAUUGCUGAUCUAGUAAAAAUAUCACUAAAAGAUGAUCCAUCAAAAUUUUGCGUAAUGCCCAGAAAAUUUACAGAAAAGGAUCUUGAAAAAAUCAAAAAUAUGGAAAUUUUUGAAGAUGACAUUUUUGUUAUAACUUUUCCAAAAUGUGGUACAACUUGGACUGAAGAAAUGGCUUGGAUGCUCAAUAAUGAUCUUGAUUAUGAGACUUCAAUGAAUGUGAAGCUUACGGAACGAUUUCCAUUCUUAGAAUGGGGUGGUAUUAUUCAGCAUUUAGAUGUUGAUAGGAUUGAAACUUUGAAGAAAUUACCUCGUCCACGUCAUAUAAAUACCCAUUUACCGAUUUUUCUACUUCCUGAUCAGCUAUGGACUGUUAAGCCUAAAAUAAUCUACGUCACUCGAAAUCCAAAAGAUGCUGCUGUUUCUUGGUUCCAUCAUCAUCGUCACUUUCAUCAGUAUCAAGGAACAAAAGAAGAUUUUAUGGAAGCAUUUUCUAAAGAUUUAAUGUUUUUUUCACCAAUGAACAGACACGUUCUUGACUUCUUCAAAAUCCGUGAUGAACCAAACAUUUUGUUCCUGUUUUUUGAAGACAUGAAAAGGAAUUUAGAGCAAGAAGUCAGGAAGACAAUGAAGUUUCUAAACAAAAACUAUUCACAAGAUCAAAUCGAUAAGUUGUGUAUUCAUUUAUCAUUUGAUUCGAUUAAGAAAAACAAGACAGUCAACAAAAAUGAAGAACUUGAAAGUUUUGUCACUUCUGUAGGUGGAAAAUAUGAUCCGAAUGUGUAUACAUUUAUUAGGAAAGGACAAGUUGGUGGAUAUAAAGAAGAAUUAUCAAUUAAAGAAAAUGAAAUGCUGGACCAAUAUGGAAAAGAUCCUGAAUUUAAAGAUUUUGGAUUUGAAUAUAAAUUUUGAUAUUUGUAAAAUUGAGAAAAAAAAUCGAGUCUUAAUAAAUCAAUAUUUUUGAAGUGCUCCUGUAAAGGGC